AUGCCGGAAGGAAUGGUGUGCUCUCCCAUCCACACGCAGCAGUCACAAGAACUGGCCAAAGUUUCCAGCCACAUCUUUACUGUGUGUGUCUCCCCUCCACAGGUUUCAGCAUUUCCUGCAGUUGGGCGGGCGGGGGGCGGAGGGGGGGGGCGGGCCGGGGGCGGCGGAGGAGGAGAGAGAGCAGCUGCAGCUGCAGCCGCCCCCGCCGCCUGCCUGCCUCCCUCGCUGGCCGAGCCGCUCCUGCUGCUGGGCUGCUGCUGGCGGCCGGGGGCUCCGGCCCAGCGGGGUCCGCUGCCGCUGCUGCUGCCGGCGUCGGGGAGGAUGGCGCAGGGCGUCCGGCGGGCCCCGGCGCCGUCCCUGCUGGAGGCGGCCCGCUGCCGCUACGAGAGCCUGCAGAUCUCCGACGACGUCUUCGGGGAGUCCGGGCAGGACAGCAGCGGCAACCCCUUCUACAGCACCACGGCCGACUCGGCCGAGGAGGAGGCGGAGGAGGAGGAAGGGGCGCGCGGCCCCCGGGGCCCGGCCGGCGGGCGGCGGGGCUCCGGGGCCGAGCGGGCGGAGGAGGCCGGCCCCGUCGAGGAGGAGGAGGAGGAGGGCGAGGAGGAAGACCCCCGGGGAUGGAGCCGGCGCCUGCGAGACCCCCCCACCCCUUCCUUCCAGGAGACCAGCGGCCCAACUCGCAAAAUGCCACCAGCUGCCAGUGCCAUGGACUUCUUCCAACAGUUUGUCCCUGACAAUGUGCUAAAGAACAUGGUGGUGCAAACCAAUAUGUAUGCCAAGAAGUAUCAGGAACGGUUUGGGAGCGAUGACACCUGGAUGGAUGUCACCCUGACGGAAAUGAAGGCUUUCCUUGCAUAUAUGAUCUCUACGAGCACUCACCACUGUGAGUCUGUCCUCAGCAUCUGGAGUAGUGGUUUCUAUAGCAACAAGAGCAUAGCUCUGAUCAUGACUCAGCCAAGAUUUGAGAAGAUUCUCAAGUACUUCCAUAUUGUGGCCUUCCGUUCCAGUCAGACAACCCACGGCCUCUACAAAAUCCAGCCCUUUCUGGACUCCCUGCAACAUAGCUUUGACUCUGCUUUUAAGCCUUCCCAAACCCAGGUGCUCCAUGAACCUCUGAUUGAUGAAGACCCAAUUUUUAUUGCCACCUGUACAGAGCGAGAGACACGCAAGAGGAAAAAGCGGAAAUUCAGUCUCUGGGUACGGCAGUGCUCAUCAACUGGUUUUAUUUGCCAGAUUUAUGUCCACCUGAAAGAAGGAAGCGGUGCUGAAGGCCUGGAGGCUUUGAAGAACAAAACCCAGCUCCACAGCAUGGUGGCCAAGAGUCUUUGUAAGAACAUUGCAGGGAAAAACUACAUCGUCUUCACUGGCCCCAGCAUUACUAGCCUGAACCUCUUCGAAGAGUUUGAAAAGCAAGAGAUUUAUUGUUGCGGGCUGCUAAGUGCGAGAAAAAGUGACUGCACUGGUUUGCCUCCAUCUAUGCUCAGCAACCCAGAUGUGCCUCAGUCUCGAGGGCAGUACAAGAUCAAGAUGAAAGGAAACAUGUCCCUGAUCUGCUGGUACAAUAAAGGGUAUUUUCGGUUUUUGGCCAAUGCUUAUUCCCCAGUUCAACAAGGAGUAAUCAUUAAGCGGAAAAGUGGAGAGAUCCCCUGCCCACUGGCAGUAGAAGCUUUUGCUGCUCAUCUGAGUUAUAUCUGCAAAUAUGACGACAAGUACAGCAAGUAUUUCAUUUCUCAUAAACCAAACAAGACCUGGCAACAAGUGUUCUGGUUCGCCAUCAGCAUUGCCAUAAAUAACGCUUACAUCCUCUACAAAAUGUCGGAUGCCUAUCACAUGAAAAAGUACAGCCGCGUGCAGUUCGGGGAGAGACUUGUCAAGGAGCUGCUGGGCUUGGAGGAUGUUUCCCCUUCUCAUUGA